CUCGCUCAAGAAGACGCUUUUCAUACCACAAACAUUUUCAUGAUUUUGCGUUAGUCAAAUUGUCAUAAAACGUUGUUUGUCAGUACUGAUCUAAUUGGAAUGCACCUGUGGAGACAUUUAAAUAGAAUUAGGAUUGGUUGUAACAAAUCACCAUUUAGAAAGCUUUGGACAUGUUCAGUGAAAAUGAGUGAAAAUAACAAAGUAGGAACCACACAUUUAGAACGGACAGCACACAAUAGUAGAAAUGAGGAAUUAUCAACAGCAACUGUUACAAGUGUCAGAAAUGAAUCACCAACUGUGAAGGGAUUGACUUUAACCAUACAUAAUAAAUCAUUUAAACAUAAAGCUGGUCAGUGGGUAGACACCAUCAUACCGGGUAUAGAAAGAGUUGGUGGGUAUUCAAUCUGUUCUCCACCAUGCAAAUUAGUACAAGAAGGAAAACUAGAUUUAGCUGUUAAAUGUAGUGAUCAUCCUCCCAGUGCCUGGGUAUACCACAAGUGUAAAGUUGGUGAUGAAGUGUCUGUACGUGUAGGAGGUGAUUUUUACUAUGAUCCUAUAGAUGAUAUAUUAUUAGAUGAUAUUAUAUUAAUAGCCGGUGGGGUGGGUAUUAAUCCACUCUAUAGUAUCAUACAACAUAUUAAACAUAUAAGACGAACAUCUACCGUAUUAACUACAUUAUUAUACAGCGCUAAAACAGAAUCAGAACUUAUCUUCAAGAAAGAAUUAGAAGAUAUAUGUAGUUCAUGUCAAUAUACAGAUGUUUUAUUAAAUACAACGCAGACUCAAUCAGAUAAACAAUCAGUUAAAUUUGGGAGAAUAAGUGAAGACACUAUCCAUAGAGUUGUAGGUAAAAGUAAACCUGAUAAAAUAACAGCUUUUAUUUGUGGACCUUUAUCUAUGAUAGAAGAUGUAACAUGUAUACUACAAAACUGUGGCCUAGACUCUUCCAAAAUACGAUUUGAAAAAUGGUGGUGAGAUUUUAGGCUAACUAAUUUACUUUUUUGAGAGGAAUUGCCCGUACUUGUUACAAUAAAAAAAUAU